AUGAGUGCCAUGAAUCCUAUUUAUGAACUGGUGGUGCUUGAGGCGGUGAGGCGCCAAUGCGAGUCGCGGCGCACGGAUCCUCGUGUUGGCUCUCAUAAUAGUGGUAUUGGUAUUGGUAUGGGUUUUGGUCUUUGUAAAGAGGGUGUUGGGAUUGAUGCUCUCCUUAUGUGGAUUGAGUCGCGGGAGCGGUGUGUGUAUACAGAUCUUGCACGCCGUUGUGUACAUCCCGCCUCUGUGACUCCCCCGACUUCUGAGUUGGUGGAACAGGUGUCGGAGUUCAAAGCACUUGUGCGUGGUGUUGUGCAGGGAUCGCUUGCGAAUCUGUGCAGAUUAACACCGGCGAAUGGUGUAGUAGGAGAUCGUGGUAAAGGCAAUGUCAAUAUGAGUGGUAAUGCUGGGGUGGUUUCUGGUAAUAAUAAUGCUGAUAGAGAUAGGGAUGGUGAUGGUGAUCAUAAUGCUCUACUGGAAAAACGAGAGAGUUGGAAAACUUUUUUGAAUCGACGGAGUGGUAAUGGUGGGGUACUGCGUGAAGAGGAUCACUGCCGUUCUUCCACUUGUGGAUGUGGAUGGAGAUGGAUGGAUUUUAUUGGUGUUCCUUCAACCACAAAGCGUCUUGGUGGAGGUGGUGGUGCUGUUGGGGAAGAAAUACGUAUACAUAUGCCAUCAUUUGAGCAAUGGGAUGUGGAAUUGCAGUCGGCUGUACGUCGUGUGGGGGAUGUGGUGAGUGCGGCACAGACGGAGAUGUUAUUGGCAUUAGAUCAACUUGGAGAUGGUCGUUUUCCAUAUUUAACAGAUGAGAGUUAUACCGUACAUUCCCCAUCUAUUUGGAUGCAGUUGGUGGUAUUAUUUGAAAAUGCCUUUGAGUCUGUGGUUCGUGGAGUGGUGGAGUUUAUAUUGUGGUGUAUGCAUCAGCAGUUUCUGGGGCAUGAAGGAAUGGGUGUGCGGCCGUUAUUUACAGUAAAGGCGAUUUGGUCCUACACGGGAGGAAGUGUGGUUCUCUCUCCAUCACCACCAGAGAUUCAUGAACGUAUUAUGCGAAGAAUAAAAAAAGAAUUCAUAUGGAGUAUUGUCCCAGAGUUUACACUUAGUCAUAUGACGAAAAGACCUGUACCUACUAUAGGACGUGUGAAAAGACCACUCUUACGGGAAUUACUGAUGGAAGAUACCACGAUUAAACGUUUAUGGGAUAAUAUUUACUAUACCGUAAGUCAGAGAUGUGAUGAAUUAAGUGAUAUGACGCGGAAUUUAACAGAAACGUAUACCUUUUACUUUUCCAGUGAAGAGGAAUUUGCACACUUAGAUAUUCAUCGACUACGUGAGAUGCGGGAAACCGUACAAAGCUCUUCUACUGAUUUCAUACAACCCGCAGGUGCUGGUGCCUUUGCUGUGCAGAUUGAAUCACUUCUACAGGUAAUUCAAGGCAAACUGGAAAAAUCAAUAUUAACCGCACAGAAAGCAUUAGAACAGGCGGUGGUACAUGCAAAUGUAAAGAUGACGUCAACACGUUGUAAAGCACUCUUUGGUGGUGGAUGCAGUGCAUCUAAUGCCUCUACAUUAACCGAUCGCCUCAUCGCAUUUCGUGCUGGACGUAAAGUCAUUAAUAAAUACGAUAAAGGAUUAGAUCCAGAGGCUUAUAUUGCACGCUUUUUAGAGGAACAACGUGCGGAGUCUCUUCAUUUGCGUCCAUCCAGUGCCACUACCGGUGGACGGGAAAGUUCAUCUGCUUUACAGAUAUCCAGUCAAAAGAGCAGCAGCGGCAGUACAGUUCCAACCAUUUCCGCACCCGUUACUGUAGCGCCAACUACAAUAAAAGAAACAUUUGCUUCUACAGGUAAAAAGUAUGUAAACCGAUGGGCACCACCAAAGGUGGUAUCUCCCACAGGAAGUAACCAUCAUUCUACACAAGAGACAUCCAUGGAUGGAAACGCAAUGGAUUUGUUGAAAUCACGUGUAUUAACACCAAGACCAACAUCCUCAUCAUCAUCAUCACGAUGGCCUUUGAACAGUAACUCAAAGAAUCUACAGUCUUCACUUGAGGAUCAUCUCUCUCGAUCUACUAGUCAAACUUCCUCCCAACGUCCACAAUCAGUGGAAAAAGCAACAGAAAAAUCUCUUUCUUCACUUUUGGGUCUACGACAGGAUCAAUCGCGUGGUGUGAAGAACUAUUCACCCGCUUUGAAUUUACAAAGUGUUAAGCAGAGAUCAUACGAUAAAACUCCUGUACGAGAAAGUGUAGAUAAGGAACGACCAACACCUACCGCGAGCCAUCCAUCACGAUAUGAUACAGAGAAGAAGAGGAUUGAUGAUAAUAUAGUUAGUACAUCUCCUGUACGAGAAACCACAGAUAAUGAACGACCAACACCUACCGCGAUCCAUCCAUCACGAUAUGAUACAGAGAAGAAGAGGAGGAUUGAUGAUAAUAUAGUUAGUACCACUCCUGUACGAGAAAGUGUAGAUAAGGAACGACCAACACCUACCGCGAGCCAUCCAUCACGCUAUGAUACAGAAAAGAAGAGGAUUGAUGAUAAUAUAGUUAGUACAUCUCCUGUACGAGAAACUACAGAUAAGGAACGACCAACACCUACCGCGAGCCAUCCAUCACGCUAUGAUACAGAAAAGAAGAGGAGGAUUGAUGAUAAUAUAGUUAGUACAUCUCCUGUACGAGAAACUAAAGAUAAGGAACGACCAACAUCUACCGCGAACCGCACAUUUACUUCUGUUAAUAAGAAGCCAACUGUGCGAAAUACUGCUGCCAUUGAAGCGGCUGUAAAGCGUGUGGAAAGAAUCAAAACAAUGUGCCCCUUUUUACCUGAAACGCCUUCUUCAGGUGUAUUCCUUGAAGAUCUAAACCUUUCGGAUCCGCGUCUUGAAACUGCUAUGAAUCGCCUUCGAGCUGUGCGUGGAAAUGCCUCUGUUAUGCGGAGUUAUCGUUCCAUCGCACUAGCAGAAGAUGCCGUCGCUGCUAUCGUGGAGUCCAUUGCGGAUGAUGUGUAUAAGUUAACUGUACGAAUGAUGACACUUUUUCCAUUUUUGGAAAGUCGGGUUGAUGGGGUUUUGCUUGGAAAUAUUCCAGAACUCGAAACCGAUGUUGAGUUUCAAUCACUUUUCACGAUGUAUUGCGAUAUGGUUCGAGAAGAGAAACCAACCGCAAGUGUUAUUCAAUGUCUACAAGAACGUGCUUCUCUGUUAGUGGAGGAUAUUCCAUAUGUUGUGGCAGAAGAGCGUUACUCUCUUUAUCCUUUACUAAAACCCAUUAUACAAGAAACACCGAGUCCUACUUCUGCUGUGGAUGCGGCAUUCUCACGUGAAGAGAGUACUCAAUCUUUGGAAAUAAUGCCGAAUGUAGAGAAACCAACAACAACAACAACAACAACAACAACAACAGCAACAACAGCAAAGGUAUCUGAAUUCCAUACACAGGAACCUUUUAUGGAAAGAAGACCAGUAUUAGAUGAUACGGAAAGUCUUCUCCCUACCACUGUGAGUGAAAAACCAGUUUUACAGCCACAGGAACAGUAUCUUUCACAAGAGAAGAGGAAAUCCGUUGAAAUGACAAAAUCAAUAAGAGAAAGUACUCCAUCCGUACAGAGAAAGCCACCGGAGACGACAAAAACAACGACCAAACCGCCAAUAUCUUCAGAAUAUACUUCAAAAUCUUCUAAAGUAAAGGAAGGAGAAUCUACAGAAACAGCAAAUCCUAAUAAAAAUUAUGGUAACAUUCCUCUUUCUCAGCAUUCAACAUUUAAUGUUGAUAAUAAUACAAGAAGGAAUUUUAUGCAAACAGGACUUGGAUCAAAUGUUGAUACGACAAGAAUGGAAAAGAAUGAGAAUGAUAUACAAAAUAUUCGUCCCACAGGGGGAAUUAUGAACAGUUUUCCACCACCGAACAAACUAUUUGAAGAGCGUAAACCCAAACGAUCAUUAGAUAGCAAUUUAGCUGUUUUACCAGCUGUAGGAGAACGAAAUGUACAAUCCGUUUCAUCCAAUACUCGAGCGGGAAAAGAGAUGAUAACACGUGGACCUUUAAAAGAGAAUCCAACUACACAAGGUUCUAUCCAAUGUAAACAACAACAGCAGCAACAACAACAGUCACCUAACUCUGUACACAGUCCAUUAGUGAAUCUUUCACCUAUUGAAGAAAACCGACAUCAUACAGAUUGUCCAUCUUUCAACAGUAUUAAAAAAGUCUUGGAUGAGGAACGUGAACAUCUGGAAAGUCUUGAAAGCAUGCUUGAAGAUAUUCGUCAGGCGGAAAUUGCUCUACAAAACAAGAAGGAACAAUCAAAGGGGAAUGCGGCGAAACGACGAUUAUCUGAAGAAGCCUCUCAGGCAGUAUCAAAUGAGGAUAGAGAUAAUUUAAGGAAAACAUUACCACUUCCUAGACGUUUCUCUGCGAUCCCAACGGAAAAUGCGGCUUCUUCUUCUUCUGCUGCUGUUGUUGUUUCUUCCUCUUCUCCUAACGCAGGACUGAAGCCAAACGUAUCCCAGAGGAGAACAUCCGCAAAAGCAACAACAACAACAACGGCUUCUGCAAAUAAUGAAAAAAAAGAAGCUGCACCCCUUGGACCUUUAUUCGAGGAUCGUCACAACAAUCCCCCUGUACUUGGACGUAAAGGUGGUAGUGAGGCUGAAGUAUUACGUCAACUUUUCAGAGAACGAUGGAAUAAUCGUGAAUUAAAUCGUAUGAAAGAAUCUGAAAUGAAAGAUGUGAAAUUGGGUGAGGGAAGUAGAGAAAAUAUACAGAGUCGAACACCUAUGAGUUUUAAUUCCUUCACAGAUGCUGUUGUAAGGUCCUCAUGGGGAGCUCUACGUAAUGACUCAGACCCUCUUUAUUCACAACAGUUACCAUCGCUUCCUCGUUCCUCAACACGGACGAAACGUUUCCCUUUUCGGCAAGAAGAUAAUCAACUAACACAAACACAACAACAGCAACAGCAAGAACAGCAGCAACCUCAACAACAACAACAACAGGGACCGUACAGUAAUAAACUCUCACGACUACCUUGGGGAAGAUAUACACUACAUCGAAAGGUACCUGGUCUUAUUGCAUCUCCCCGGCGUUUAUCCAGUGCCCCUGAACCUUCUCGACAAAGUGAUGAUGGUUCUAUGCCGUUUCCUGCUAUUAGUUCAGGAUCCUCCGUAGAUAACUUGCCCCAUACAUCUCAGGAUUCACAAUGGGAGUGUAUUUCCAAUAUUACUACAGGUAUGAGUCAACAAUACGCUGCAUUAUGUCGUCAAGCAGGCAUUAGACCUAAUAGUAUGCUUUUACGUUUGCUUCCAGAUACACAUGGGGCAUCUGUGAGUCGUAUAGAUACAUCUGUAAACUAUAUUGGUCCUAAAGGUCUUUUACCACUUUUACAAGUAUUACGAGGGAAUGUUGGACUUGAAUAUCUUAAUUUAAGUCACAACAACUUGGAGAAUGAUGAGGUGAUUGAUCUUGUCAAUGUACUCAUGACAGAUUCUGGUGCCUCCUUACGGUAUUUGGAUCUCUCUAAUAAUCCUGUUUCUCUCGCUGGUGGGGCUGCGCUGCUGCGGCUUGUGCAGACGAGACCGUUAUUAGUAACGGUGGGGUUAAAAGGCACUCUUGUACCGCGUCAGUUGGCUCGAAGUAUUCAAGAAGCAUGUGAGGCCAAUAGCGCCGCUCUUGCAUAG